AUGUUCUCUGCAAUACUCGUCGCCGUGACCGGCGCGGUGCUGGCGUCUGCACACACUGUGUUGACAUACCCAGGGUGGAGAGGGGACAAUCUGAUAACCAACGACACAUUUCCGUACGGCAUGCAAUGGAUGUAUCCGUGUGGUGGUAUGAAUACUACUACAAAUCGUACCUACUGGCCGGUCUCCGGCGGCGCCAUUGCAUUCCAACCCGGUUGGUUCCAGGGCCAUGCCACGGCCCAGAUUUUCAUAAAUCUCGGCUUCGGAACCGACGGGCCCAAUGGCGGCCCACCCAACAUGUCUAACCCCAUGAUUCCCCAGUUCGGUAUCAUAGGGCCCUCCAAGAACCCGUAUCCGGGCACCAUCUGCCUGCCCCAAGUUCCGCUUCCAGUGAACGCAUCUGUCCGUGCCGGCGACAAUGCUACAAUCCAGGUUGUCGAGCUGGCCGUCCAUGGCGCCGCUCUGUACUCUUGUGUGGACAUCACGUUUGUCGAGGACAAUGAUCCGCGACUGGCUAAUGUCAACGAGACCAACUGCUUCAAUAGCACUGACAUUGGCUUUUCCGACGUGUACACAAUCACAACCAGGGCCGCUGGAAGCAAUGGAACGACGUCAAAUGCAGUGGCCUCUUUCAUGUUGCGAAGGUCACAGGGUGCACCGUCAGUAUGGACGCACUUUAUUGGCUGGUUACCUGUUCUCGCUGGCGGGCUGUGGCUGCUGAUAUAG